CUAAGCCAAAACAGGCAACAGCAUUUUACCAUCACUACUCAGUUUAGGUCAGUGCGUUGAUGAGGGUCGAACGAGUUCUACCUUCACUUGUGGAUUUGUUAAAUUAUGUUACAGUAAUAAUAUUGUAUUGUAGCUUCAGUUUCAUUGGUGUACCGUGAACUUGAUUUCUAAGUUGUGCUUUCGUUACCAUUUUUAUUGUUUACGAGUAGUAAACUUUCUGAAAACUUUUUCUGAGUUCUAUUUGUUUAGAACUAUUUGCCUUGUACGGAAGUUAUGUGAAUUGGAAUAUACCCGCAACUCAGCUACAAUAAUGGCAUCAGCAGUUGAUUCUAUUAUAACAAGCACGAAAGUAACAUUAAACAAUGGAACACAAAUGCCUGUGGUGGGGCUGGGAACCUAUCGCAUCCGUGACCCAGAAGUUAUCAUGACUGUUGUUGAUCAAGCCCUAUCAGCUGGAUAUCGGAUGUUUGAUACUGCGGCAGUAUAUCGCAAUGAAACCAGUCUAAGAGAAGCUUUUAAGACUUUACUUCCUAAACACGAUCUUGAGAGGGAUGAUAUCUUUAUCACCACAAAGCUAUCUCCAGCUGAACAUGGUGGGCCUGAUGUUAUUUCAAAAGCAUACAAACAAUCGGUUGAAAAUUUGGGAUUAGAUUUUGCAGAUUUAUACUUAAUACAUUUUCCUGGGACACAAAAAUUAGCUGUGACUGAUAAAAGGAAUGCUGAAUUACGCCUAACUACUUGGGCCAGCAUGGUUGAGCUCUAUGAUAAUGGUCUUGUUAAUGCUAUUGGUGUUUCCAACUUUACUAAAUACCAUUUGAAACUGCUAAUGGAAAGGAAUCAUGGUGUCGUUCCAGCUGUAAACCAGGUGGAGUGGCACCCCUUCUACUACCAAAUGGAGCUCCUUGAUUACUGCAAAGCCAAUGAUAUUGUUUUACAAGCAUAUUGUUCCCUUGGAGGAAAAUCACUCAAAAAUGAUGAUUUGCUAUCUCAUCCAGAGGUCACAGAUAUUGCUCGAAAACUGGAGGUCACUAAUGCUCAACUUUUGUUAAAGUGGGCUCUGCAGCAAGAUGUUGCAGUAAUACCAAAAUCCACCAAUCCCUUGCAUAUCAAGCAAAAUAUAUCUCUGAACUUUGAAAUACCUCCAGAAGACAUGCACACUCUGAGUAACCUUUCAACGGAUACUACUGUGAAAUAUGCAUGGGACCCCAGUAUAAUUGUCUGAAAAAAGCGAUCAAAAGGCACCUCGACCAAAUCUAAGGCAGGUGCCAGGCGCAACUAAGUUGAGACUUCUGAACAAAACAAAACCUUCUUUUUUGAUAAAUUAUGGAACUAAGUUUACUAAGGUCAGUUACAAAAUUGUGGAAACCCUGGUUAUCUAAAUUGAUUAUUUCAUUGAAAUGAACAGAGAUUUAGGCUACAUGCGCAGUUUUUUCAGAACAACUAGUUGUGUAUGAAUUAUAGUAAAGUGGACUAUAUAAACUAUAUUUAGUGUUCAUUGUUUGAGUUGCAAUUUUAAGACAAAUCAGGUUUGUGGGCAAAAUUUAAGUCUUAUGUGUUGUAUAACUACCGAUUAUGUUCCGUUUAUCUAAGUAUUCGCUUUAAAUGUUACUAUUGUCAUAUAUAUUCUUUCGUAUUACAUAGUUCGUUGUAGUUACGAUUUAAACAUUAUUAACGUUUAAUCUUAAGAAUAAAGUUAUAUUGAAGACAAAACUGCAUCUUAAAAUGCAGGCAGGGCUAGGUAAGAAAACUAUGGGUGCAUUUUUUAUCUAAUAUAAGAUGAUAUUUAUGAAAGAAGUGAAGUGGUCUUCAAUAUGACAUGUGUUGUUGUUUUUGUUAAUAGGUAAGAUAAGCUACAUUGACUCACUAAACUAUACUUUUUCAUUGAUAAAAUGUGAUUUGAUAUUAACAAAAAAAUAAUAAAUUAGACGAAAAUCACGACUUAAAAUUAGAAAAAUAAACGUAUCAAUAACUGCAUAUGAUAAUUUUGUUGGAGUCCAAAUCACGUACAUACCUAUUUCUCGAAGACAAAUAUAUUUGUGAGAUAUAUUAACUAGUUUUAUAAACGAUAUUAUAUUCAGUAAGUAGGUAGGUACUGUAGUGAAAUAGUUGUAAAAUAAAACAAUAUAGAACUUUUUCCCACUGACGACCUAAAAACGUCAGUUUCCUUGUUUGAAUUGCUUGUUAUCAGAAUCUUUAAAUUAUUCAUUCAUAUUUUGAGUUUCAUGAUUAACAACAGGGUUGCAGAAAACGACGACAAAUCUUUACCACUGUCGAUGACAAAAUGCUUCUUGAUUUUGAUUUGAAGUUUAUAGGAUUAAAUUUAUUAAAAAUGACAACUUACUGAAGUGAACGAACGGGGAAUAGCUCUACUUGUUUCAAGCACAACGGGGCUCUUGAGCGGCGUAUGCGUCGCGUCAACGUGAGACGUGAAAGUCCCGUAGUGACUUUUCUCAACUAAUUCACACGAGUAAGUAGUUAUUUUCGAUAACUUGUUAGGAUUAGUUUAUAUGGGUGUUAUUAGGUAAGAUAAUUUCGAUUUGAUUAAAAUAAAUGUCCAUUAAUUGUACGUGAUUGCUGCAUAGCAUAGAUAAUUUUCUCUGUUGUGAAAUCUUUAAAUAUUUACACUUGUAUGUUUUUUUGACAUUUAAUAUAUUUCUGUUAAUCAUUACAUGCCGUAGAUUUUAAUUGAUGGUUUCUAAUGUGGUUUAAAUAAGUAGGUAGCAUUUCGUUAAGACUGGGUGUGUACAAAUUGGCAGAUAUGAGGGUACCAAUAAGGUUAAUGUUUUGUCGGCAUAGUGCUCAGAGCUUGCUCUUAAUAUGUUGCUGGUUUUCAAGAUCGUUCUCUUCUUUCGCUCUAUGUAAAAUAUCUGAUGCAUACAGCCAAAGUGAAAGUACUUGAAGAAAAAAAAACACAUUUCGGUUGCAACUCGGUUUUUAUGACAAUCCAUAUCGACCAAAUCAAAUUUCUAAAUUUGAAUAUUAAUGAGAAAUUUUGUCAUUUAAUCAAACGAAUAGUCUGAGGUCAAUUUGAACCGUUAGCCAACUAGGAGUUAGUCCUCAUCUAAUAAAUACUGAUACAGCAGAUACCUACUGUCAAAGUUAGCUUUUUCAAUUUCUAAGAUAUCCAUUGUUCAGCACAAUCACUUUGGCUGGGAUUUGUACCUAUGUAAAAGACACGAAAAGUGUGGACCACUAUGAAAAUAUGAGCUUACAAAACCUCUACGGACUGAUCUAUACUUAAUCUUCUUGCGAUCGAUGUUACAAUUUAUUUAAUCAACUGGAUGCACUUUGUGUAUAGUGUAAGGCACAAAUAUCUGCACAUGCGAUCGUAUGUAUUGUUGUUGAGUUAUGCUUUGCGUUGAAUGCGACAGGUUAUGGAUGUACCUAAUUAAAUGCUUUUUUCGUCUACGGUUAACCUCUAGUUAGACGCUAUUUAAAUAGAUAUAUCUACAUUUGACUAACACUUAUCAAAUCACGGUACGCGGACAUUGAAUAGAAAAUUAUUUACAUAAACUGUAUAAGUAAAUACUCAUUGUUAUUAUUUUUUCCUUUACUAUUAUAAUAUAUAUUGUACCUUAAGAUGUUGUGAUAAUGUACCGUUACUGUUCAAAACAAAGCGGUGCUAUCGAAUAUUAUUGUUAUAGAUAGUACAUAUGCUACAUACUUGAAUGUAUAGAACUAUAUGUAUACUCACCAACUGUUAUAUUAUGUUGAUGCAAGAAACAC